GAGGGUGCGGGAAGCGGCCGCCGCGGCGCGCUGACAUGGAGUUAGUGCAGGAAGCGCGGGAACUGGGCUGCUGGGCGGCGGAAGAGAUGGGGGCGCCCGCGGCAGCCCGGGCCCCGGAGUCAACUCUGCGCAGACUGUGUCUGGGCCAGGGGGCCGACAUCUGGGCCUAUGUCUUGCGGCAUGUGCAUAGCCAGAGGAAUGUCAAGAAGAUCCGAGGAAACUUACUUUGGUAUGGCCACCAGGACAGUCCAGAGGCCCGUCGGAAGUUGGAGCUGGAAGCCACUGUUGCUCGCCUGCGGGCAGAGAUCCAGGAGUUAGACCAGAGCCUGGAGCUGAUGGAGCAAGAGACCGAGGCUCAGGACAUGGCCAUGGAGCAGGCCCUGCAGAGCAUUCAAGACACCCAGCGUCGUGCUCUCCUCCUCCGGGCCCAAGCUGGGGCCAUGCGAAGACAGCAGCGUGGGCUUCAAGAUCCCAUGCAGCGGCUACAGAAUCAAUUGAAGCGUCUGCAGGACAUAGAGAGGAAGGCCACAGUAGAUAUAACCUUUCGACCCUUAUCAUCAGCAUCCCUGGGACUGGAGCCUGUGGUCCUGGGUGAUGUCCGAACAGCCUGUACCCUCCGGACCCAAUUUUUGCAGAACCUCCUAGUUCCUCAGGCCAAGGGAGGCAGCAUCCUAACCCCUCGAGAUGACCACUUUGGAGCUUCCUACCAGCAGUGGCUUAGCUCAGUGGAGACACUACUGACAAACCAUCCUCCGGGCCACAUCCUGGCCUCCUUGGAGCACCUGGCUGAGGAGCGGGAGGCAGAGAUUCGGUCCCUGUGCAGUCCAGAUGGGCUCCAAGAUACGGAGAUAACCAGGUCCCAGGCACCAGACCAGCCAGACUCCAGCCGGGCCCUGCCGUCCAUGGUCCAUCUCAUCCAGGAGGGCUGGCGGGACGUGGGUAUGCUGAUUGCACAGCGGGGCCCCCUGCUGAAGGAGCAUCAAAUCCUGACCCAGCGCCUCCAAAGCCUGAUGGAGGAGGUGAAGAAAUGUGCCCUGGAAUCCAGCGAGAGGCAGGCAUUGGUGCUGGGACUCCGAGCCUGUGGCCUGUGGGCAGAGCUCAAGGCCCUGCGUGCUCAGAGCCAGGAGCUGGAGGAGGUGGCUGGGCGCCGGCAGCUUCUGCUACAGGAGCUACAGGCCAAACAGCAACGGAUCCUGCACUGGCGCCGGCUGGUGGAGGAGACACAGGAACAGAUCCGCCUGCUCAUCAAAGGCAACUCAGCCAGCAAGACGCGCCUGUGCCGGAGCCCUGCAGAGGUACUGGCUCUGCUUCAGCGAAAAGUGGUCCCCACAUCUGAAGCGGUGGCACCACAGUCCCAGAAACUGCUUCAUUGUCUGGAGGAGGAAGCCCGGCAUCUUCCCCACCUUCUGUUGGACACCUUGCUUCGGCACAGCCCUGGAGGGUUACAGCCCCUGCCCACGGUCCUGCCAUCCAUCUACCAGCUGCAUCCCACGUCCCCAAGGAGCUCCAGCCUCAUAGUGCUGAGCCACAGAUUGGGGCUGCCUGCAGGGAAGGCUCCAGAACUGCUCCUCCCAAAGGCUGCCUCUCUUCGUCAGGAACUUCUGUUUCUCCAGGACCAGCAGAGUCUCCGGUCCUGGGAUCUGCUCCACAUGAAGACCAGCCUGCCCCCAGGACCAUCCACCCAGGAGCUGCUGCAGAUCCGGGCAGCUCGGGAAAAGGAGCAGAAAGAGAAUCUGGGACAGGCUCUGAAGCAGCUGGAGAACCUGCUGAAACAAGCGCUGGAGCGAAUCCCCGAGCUACAGGGGGUUGUUGGGGACUGGUGGGAGCAGCCAGGCCAAGCCGCCCUGUCCGGGGAGCUCUGCCAGGGCCUGUCCCUGCCCCAGUGGCGGCUGCGCUGGGUCCAGGCCCAAGGCAUCCUGCAACAACUGUGCAGAUGAAAAGGGGGCCCAAACAGAACUCAAGAGCUUCGUUUGUUCACCCCAUCAUAAGACCUUUGGAAGGGAGCAUCGCCCAGAUAUAUCAACCCACCGUCUCUACCCACACUUGCUGUCCCCCUCACAGGCUAUUCUAUUCCUCUCGAUUGCCUUGCACCUGUCCUUUCAUCCCAUCAAAGCCAAGGCAGUGGGCUAUCUGGACCCCACCCUAAGUCCCCCUGAAACUCCCCUCGUCACUUUCACCCUUAGCAAAACGUCAUUGAGCACCUGCCCUAAACACUGAGGAUCCAGCACUGAACGAAAUGGACAGAAGUCCCAGACUUCAGGAAGCUGUUAUUCUAGGACAGGGAAAUGGACCCCUGGCAAGUUAAGCGGGCAAAAUAUCUAGUAUGUUGGGAGGUAACUGCUCUGGAGAAAAAUAAAGCAAGCUGUAAAGAGGUGCAACUUUA